CUAGUAAACCCUUCAGCUUACGGGUAAACACUUAUUUUCUCAAGAGACCCCGAAAAAUCGUUCCUCUUCAGCGUCACCCUGGCUUUAUAAGUCCUAGAAAUGGAGUCAAAUGAUGCAGCUCGAGGAGGCUGGAAAAGUAAAUCAGCUCACCAGAAGAGCAAGUUCAACGUUAUAAUGCGUCAGGAGGAGCUCAUAGCACAGAAGAAGAGAGAAAUAGAGGCCAAGUUGGCUGAGCAAGCCAAACAGAAUCUGUCGACUCCCAGCAAGCCGCCAGAAGAAAGUAUCCCUGAUUCACAGGCAUUGUCCUCAAACAAGUUCGUGAACGAUGGAAGCUUUCUUCAGCAAUUUCUAAAGAUGCAGAAGGAGAAAUCCAACCCAGAUUUAGCUUCCAGCAGUGACUCCAACAGGACCUCGUCUUCCUCACAGAGCCAGAAGAAAAACGUUCUGGUUGGGAAACGGCCCGGUUUGGGUGUCGGCAGCAUGCUUAAUCAAUACAAGAGCUACUCCCAGACCAAAAAGACGCCACUUCAGAUCCCCCGACCGAGCGUCUUCAGCUCACCAGACGAGGAUGAGGACGAGGAUGAGACCGACGAUUCGUACUACCUGGAGAUUAAAGUUUCCCCCCCAGAGGAUGAAGAUUUGGUCCGCAUCAUCAACCGGUUGGCUGCUUUCGUUGCCGAAGGCGGGCCAGAGCUUGAGAGGAAAGCUGUGGAAGACUACAAGGACAAUCCCAUGUUCUCAUUCUUGUUUGAGAAGGACAGCAAGGAAUAUCUGUACUUUCGCAAGAAAGUAGCGCGACUUAGAAAAGAGACGCACAGAUCAUCUACACCGUUUGAUGUCUCCCCCUCAGUGGACGAGGAAACAAAGAAGGUGGCGGAGAAGCUGGCCCGCUUCGUGGCCGACGGAGGGCCAGAGGUGGAGGCCAUCGCUAUCAAACACAACCUCGACAACCCCACCUUCAGCUUCCUGUAUGAUCACCAAAGUCCAGCUCACCACUUCUACAAGUCCAAAGUGGAGGAAUACCAUCAGUCCAAUAGCCAAUCUGCAUCACCACCCAGUGUCGAGUUUUCUUCAGGGACCAAGCGCCCGGGUACAACUCCACCAACUCCCUACAACCUCGGUUCACCCCAAACAGAGCAGUAUCAGGACGGAGCUACUGCAGGUGCAAAGCGCAAGAGGAAGAGUCGCUGGGGAUCUGAGGAUGACCGAGUGGAGCUGCCGGUUCCUUCUGUCGUCAUCCCUCAAAUGGUUAAGCCAGAUCCUGAUGCACCCGCGCUGUCUGAGCAGGAACUGAUAGGAUUGGGUUAUAAGAAAGGGAAGCCGGUUGGUCUGGUGGGGGUCACAGAGCUCUCUGAGGAUCAGAAGAAACAACUUAAAGAACAGCAGGAGAUGCAGGAAAUGUUCGAUAUGAUCAUGAAACACAAGAAGGCAAUGCAGGAUAUGCAGCUGAUGUGGGAAAAGGCUGUGCGUGAUCACCAGCACGAGUACGACAGCGACGAGGAGAUCGACAACAAGCACGGCACCUGGGAACACCGACUCCGAAAGAUGGAAAUGGAAAAAACAAGGGAGUGGGCUGAGCAGCUGACCGAGAUGGGGAAAGGAAAGCAUUUCAUUGGUGACUUUUUGCCACCCGACGAGCUGGAGAAGUUCAUGGAAACGUUUAAGGCUCUGAAGGAAGGCAGAGAUCCAGAUUACUCCGAGUACAAAGAGUUCAAGCUGACCGUAGAGAACAUCGGUUUCAAGAUGCUGAUGAAGAUGGGCUGGAAAGAGGGAGAAGGUCUGGGCUCCGAUAGUCAGGGGAUCAAGAACCCAGUCAACAGAGGCACCACGGCAGUAGAUGGUGCAGGCUUUGGAGUGGACCGACCUGCUGAACUAAGCAGAAAUGAUGACGAAUAUGAUGCUUUCCGCAAGAGAAUGAUGCUGGCUUACCGUUUCAGACCGAACCCUUUGAAUAAUCCAAGGAGGCCAUAUUAUUGAAGACACAUUGUACUACAACGGAUUUUUUUUUCGUUUGACACCUUUCCUUCAGUCUGUAGUUUGAAAUACACACCUGGAUAGCAUUUGUCAGAAGAUUAAAAACGUUCACUUCAGUCCUGCUCAACUUGCCAACUUGGAUACGGUUAAACAUUUUAACAUUACCCUGUAGAAAUACUGAAAUAUUAUGAAAUGACAUUCUUGACAUGAUCGAAACUCAUUACAAUAAUGAUACCAUUUAUUUUUAUGUUUGUUCUCAAAACAUUGAUUGAUUGUAAUGUGCUCUGACGUCCCAUUAAAGUUUUAUUGGUCCUCUAA